CCGACGGUAUCCGAAACGGUUAUAGGCGAUUAGUCCCUCUGGACAUCUCCAGUUAGCGCUCAGGAAAAAUUUCUAUCCUGCUAGCAAGCGCUGGAGUAUCACCUCCAGCUGGUGCUGAGGAACAAGUAUUCUCAAGCUGCAGUCUGUGUGGAGUGAUCAGGAUGGGGCACCGCAUUCGCUGUUUUUUUGAUGUUGAAAUAGAUGGGAUUCCUUCUGGUCGUGUUAUCUUCGAGCUUUUCAAUGAAGUUUGUCCAAAAACGUGUGAAAAUUUUAGAGCCCUCUGUACUGGAGAGAUGGGUGAGGGCAAGACGACUUGUAAACCUUUGCAUUAUCGAGGAGUGAAGUUUCACCGUGUGAUUAAAGAUUUCAUGAUCCAAGCUGGUGAUUUCUCUGCCGGUAAUGGUACCGGUGGUGAAUCAAUCUAUGGAGGACAAUUUGAAGAUGAAAACUUUGACAUGGACCACAGUGAUCCUUUUCUGCUCUCCAUGGCCAAUCGUGGCAAAGAUACAAAUGGCUCCCAGUUCUUUAUAACAACUCAACCGUCGACGCAUCUUGAUGGGAAGCACGUGGUGUUUGGCCGAGUGGUGAGCGGACAGGAGGUCGUUGUGGCGAUAGAAAAUCUUCCCGUUGACAACCGCAGCCGUCCUCUUCAGCCUGCUGUAAUUGCCAACUGUGGAGAAUUGGUUCUUCAGCGAUCCAUUAAACUUAAAGAAAAGAAGCAUAAAAAGAAGAAAGAAAAUAUAUCAUCUGAUUCUGACUGUGAUAGUGAAAAGAAGAAAAAGAAGAAAAAGAAAAAGAAAGAGAGGAAGCAAAAGCACAAGAAAACUGAAAGCUCUGGUGAGGAUGGUGAAGUGAAGGAUGAUAUCUCUGAAUGUGAUGACCAGGCCAAGUACUACAGCCACCCAUUAGUUUCUGUGUCAGUUAUUAAUCCUGAUGAAAUCCCGGAUGUUCCGAAAAAUAGAUUUUUAUAUCGUGCGGGACCAGAAAAAGAUGGCGACAAUGAAGGACGUCAGGAAAGAGGGAGGGAAAGGUCCCGUGCAACUGUGCGAGCCUAUACCAAGAGUGGUCGUAAAGUUAAGGGAAGGGGAUCCUUGAGAUACCAUACUCCAUCACCAUCCAGGAGUCGUUCUCGCAGCAGGACACCGCCACAUUGGCGACAAGCCCAAAGACGUACUAUCUCCUAUGAUCAGUUGCAGAAAUGGAAUGAGGAAAAGGUGAGAAGAGAGCAAGAGAGACUCCUAAGGCAGGAAGAGCGGGAGCAAGAGAUUGAGGAAAGACGGCAAAGACGAGAACAGCGUCAUCGUGAAAUGGAAGAAUGUGAAGGGAAAGAGAUUGAAAAUAUCAAGCGAGGGGAUCCACUCCAACGAGAACAAGCGAUGAAGGGUGACUGGCGAGAUUCCAGAGAAAAAGUAAAGAGAGAUUUUAGAGAUGGGAGAAAUCAGCAAGUUUGGAGAAAUGGAAAGAAUAGGCAACGUGGAGAACAAGACUGGCGUGAAGAUCGAGAAAGAACUCGAACUGAAGAAGACUGGAGAGAAGGAAGAAACAAAGAACAGUGGAAUGACAGAGAAGAAAUUGGCCACCAAGAUCUCAGGGAAAAGUUACGUAACCAACGUAAAAAAAUGGAAUCAUGUAUAAAUGACAAAUUGCAGAGAAAUGAGCAAGAUUCUGAUGGUGGCCAGAAAAACAAAAAAGAGAAGGACUUUAAAAAAGAAAAACAAAACGAGUUAAAGGAAAAACAUGAUCUGAAGAGAGAAAAGCAAGAUGUAUUUGAUGAGACUGCUUUAGAUUAUGAGGCCAUGGAUAAUGAGGAGGAAGAUGAGGAGGAAGCGGAUGCUAUUGAUAAAAAAAAUGUAAAUGGAAGAAUAAAUGAAGAUGAACACACUGGUCGUAACCCUUCCCCCAAAUUGGAAGAAAAUGGUCAGUUAUUGGAAGAGGUGGUGUCAGAAGAGAAGGACAGAAAAGAAAAAGGACAGGAUCAGAAGAAAGGAAAUAGAGAACAAAGUGGAAUCAGUCAGUCUCAUGAGCAUAAAGACAGAGAGUACUCAAAAUCCCAUGAAAAACAUAAGGAUAUGUCAAGAAAUAGAAGUGGUAGAUCUCGAGAUAGAGAGGGUAGAUCCAGAGAUAAACAUAAUAAGUCCCGAGACAGGAGAAACAGAUCUAAAAAUAGAAAAGAUCGCUCAAGAGAUAGAAAUAGUCGAAGAAAAAGAUCUCGAGACAGGAGGGACAGGUCGCGGGAUCGAAAGUCUCGUAGUAGGGACAAGGCUCGAGAGAGGAAGCAUCAUUCAGAAACGACCAGUAGUAACAGUGAUUAAGUAAAUGUUAGUUUGUGUAUUUUGUAGAUUUAGACAAUUAUUACUCGACCCUUAACAGUUCAUAAUAUUUUUUUUUACAAAGCUUUUGAUGUAAUUGCUUUGGCAGGAAGAAAAUUUUGCUUAAUUUUUAUUUUACAAUGCUAUCUUUUAAUCUAAUUUUAAAGUUACUGUACUGUAAUGUACUUUAAUAUCUGAAAACAUCAUUCAUGGAAUGUUUCUUGUUCACUUUUUCCUUUGUUAAUUAACCCUUUGGCUGGGACAUUAUUUUUCAGCAUUUUUCUCCAAUAGGGUCAAAAAAGCUGCCAAAGAAAUAAUUGUUUGUAUUUUUUUUAAUUCCCUCCUGCAUUUUCUGGAGAGAGCUUCCUGGUGGCUUCCUGAAGCCUUCUUGCUGAGAUUGCUCCAUACUAAAGGGUUCAGCAGUCAUAGAAGUUCUGUUCGGCCUACCUGGGACCAGAGCAAGAACCUGGUCCCCUCACAGAGGCACAGGGAGCAGCUGACAAUCCACCACCCUCAUCUGGAUAAAGCCUCCUGAAAGUCAGUGAAGCCUUACAGACAACUACAUGCUUCAAAACCCCC